AUGGCUCCCCACCUCGGCCUCGCAGCCGUCGCCUUCGUCUCCCCGCAGAACCACCCCAUCCUCGUCCGCUCCUUCUCCCAAACGCACGACGACCUCCUCAAGUACCACUACAUCGCACACACGAGCCUCGACGUCGUCGAUGAGCGCAUCGCCGCCGCGCCAAAGUCGGUAGAGUGCUACCUCGGCUUCCUCUACUCCAUGGAGGACGUCGCCGUGUACGCCUACAUCACCCCGCCAAAGGUCAAGAUCAUUCUCGCCCUUGCCCUUACCGACGCCGUCGUCCGCGACGCAGACAUCAUCACCAUCUUCAAGGCCCUCCACCUCGCGUACUACCGCUCUGCCGCGAACCCCUUCCUCAGACUCAACCUCGCCCCCGACGCCGCCGCCGACCACGGCACCCUCCUCCUCGCCGGCAGCACCCGCUGGACUGCCUUUCGCACCCGCGUCGACGACGUCGCGCGCGCAGCCGGCGCCGUCGCCCUCCCCAAUGCAUGA